AUGGGUUACUUCAAGUUAGCAUCUGUUAUUAUAAUGUUCAUGGCUUUGAUGUAUGCGCAAAAUGGUGACGCAGUUCCAUGUGGCCGAAUCUCAAAUAACCUUGUGCCAUGCUUAAGUUAUGUUCAGAAUGGUGGUUAUGUUUCGCCGCGUUGUUGUUAUGGUAUUAGAGGGUUAGUUAAGGCGGCCAGGACCACGGCUGACCGCCGCGCAACUUGUGCUUGCUUGAAGUCAGCUGCUGUAUCUCUCAAAAGAAUCAAUGUAGGCUAUGCUGCUGCACUCCCCGGCAAGUGUGGGGUUAAUAUCCCUUACAAGAUCAGUGCUUCCACCAACUGUGCUAGGUACAUGGUUUAA